AUGUGUUCGCAAAAAGAUACAAUUAAAGAUGCAAUCUUUAAAUCUCUGAAAGUAAUACGCAUGUACGACUGGCUUCUGGAUCUGUAUGUAUUGGACUUUUUUGUAGAUGAUCAUUGGGCAAAAUUGCCAUUAUCAUGGCGAAAAUGCUUCCAAAACAUGACGCCUCAAGAGCUAGGGAAUAUUCUCUCUGGAAUCCCAACUAGUCAUGUUUUGCCUUUAUCAUUUUUAUCUUUAGUGAAAUCAGUGAAAGUUUUAACCCUUCCUCGUAAGGCUAACUUUGAAAAAAGUAAAAAAGUCAUUGAUGACAAUGAAGAUUCUUGUGGUGGUCACCCUAAAUUAAAAAACCUGUUUCUAAAACAUGUAAAAUUAAAAAAGAGGCAUGAAAUCAGUCUAAUGGCUGAGGUUGUGAGUUCCGUAGCUUUAGAGAGUAAAUGUAAUGCUGUGAUAGACUUUGGCUCAGGCUUGGGGCAUUUGGUGCGAGUGCUGGCAUACAAAAAUAAUCUUCAUGCGGCUGGGAUAGAAUGUCAACCACAAUUGACGGAGGAAGCUAGGAAACUUGAUCUACAGUUAGAGUACACAGCCAGUAAACACCUAUCAGAAAACAGCAUAGCAUCACUUCCGAGACCAAUCCAUUUAAAUAUGACUCUAACUUCCAAUGAACAGCUACAUCAACUAAAACUCCCGGAGUCAAUGAAAACCUACGGUUUGGUAGGACUUCACCCAUGUGGAGAUUUAGGUCCACUGUUAAUAAAGCAUUUCAUAAACUGCAAACAAGUUAAAUACAUCUGUGUUGUCGGCUGCUGUUUUAUGAAACUAUCAUGCGAGGGGAAAGGGAGUGGGUAUCCCCUUAGUGAAUAUUUAAAAGGAUUGGACAGCAAAUUGUCUUAUGUUAGCCGAGAAAUUUCAUGCCAUGCCAUUGAAAUAUACUUGGAGAGACUGAGGCAGGACAAUUAUGACGAUUUGAAGGUUCAUGCUUAUCGAGCAGCUUUGGAGAGGAUUCUGGUGGAGCACGACCCAAAGCUGAAGCACGCACCCGUCAGGAAUAUCAAGCACUCCAACACCAUGACGUUUCACCAGUACAGCACGCUAGCGCUCGAGCGCCUCAACAUCCCCGUAGUGGAUGUGGCUCGCGGUGAAUCGGAUCUGCUGCAAUGGCGGCGCGUGGUUACGCUGUACACGCUUCGACUGGCUUUAGCACCUCUCGUUGAAACUGUGGUGUUGUUAGACCGCGUGCUGUAUGUGCUUGAACACGGUUUAUCCUGUGAGAUUCAUCCAGUAUUCGAUCCAAAGCUGUCACCUCGAAACCACAUCAUCGUAGGCAAGAGAACUUGACGGACAGAAUUGGUAAAUGUGUACCUUUUUAACCUUUUAACCAGGACUGUCUGAAUGUCUGUU